AUGAUUCAUGAAUAUCACAAAAUAGUGGGGAAAACGAAUACAAGACAAGAAUUAAGGCUUAAAAACAAAAAUAGAGUAAGUUUGUAUAUUUUUACUUAACCGUGGAUUCUUUAAAAGAUACGUUAAGGUAUUCAUAGUAAUCACAAUUUUCCUAUUUCCCUUACUCUGCAGUCCUUUGAUUUGUCCACUGAGACAACUGCGGUGCAACUGGAAAUCUUAGAGGUAAGUUGUAUGCCUCAUAAUAUAUUAAACCGUGUCUGUGCGAGGUUUUGAAAAACAUCUCCGUCGACUUUUUUAGACAACGUUUUAGAAAUGAACUCGUCAAAAGGCGAAUAUUAUAAGAAUGGUCAAUUCUUCUAAAACUGAUUAAUCGUCCCAAAAUUAAGCGUCUUGCAGUCUGAUAAUAAUUUAGCCUCUCGUUGUAUUAGCUUCACUCUCUAGAGUGAAUUCAGUUAAAAAUCCUUAACUUGAACAGUUCUGCACACUUUACACUUUUCGGAUUUUUCAAAUUAAUGAUUUAAAGCUUGCUACCGUUAAUCAUUCAACAUAUAUAUGAUGUUCAGUCUAUCAAAAAAGCGUAGCAGUAGUUCUUUUUGAGUUGUGCCAAAAAUCUAAAAAGAAUUCUUCAGAACUGACUGAGCUAAUUCAAGGAGUCAAAAGUGUCAGAGUUAAGAUUUAAAAAAAGAGAGAAAGAAACAACGAUAUCUUUCGGGAAUUUCACUGUCUGUGCCAGUUAAAACCCCCUCAGCACAAGAACCUGUUUAGCCUAAAAUUUAAAACAGGUUCUUAUUUAAAAAUGUUUUUAAAAAAUUUUGUACGCUCGGAAAAUAAAAAAGUCAACAUUCAGGAUCCCGUUUGGAGACAUAGGUGAUUUAUCAAUCCAACUGGAAUGUAUUGGUAUGCCGGUGAUUUCAUGAAGGAUAAGCUGAACACAACUAAAUACUCUUUUUUUAGCUACAAUGUAUUUUUUCAUUGCCAAAUGAAAUCAGCCUAAAUUUCAUAUGUGCUAAUUUCCAUUUAUGUAAGAACCUGUUUUGGCUAAUUUGGGAAAAUGCAGCUUCUUAGUCGCGGUUUUUACUGAAUAGCCUCUAAAGCGUCUUCAGAACAGUUACACUGAUAAAUAUUUUGAAUGGCAAAUCUGUCGCAUGCAAAACAGUUUUCCAAACAUUACAUUUGCUGAUAAUAAGAAUGAUUGUCUUAACAUUUCGUCAAAUUAUCACGUCAGUGCCCUCAGUUCAAACUUGGUUUAACUUGUAUCUCAAAGGAAGUUUACAUAGUUCUCAUCAUUGGCCGGUUUUCAAAAUAAUUGCUUAACGUCAUGGAGCCUUCCAACUCGUUUUAACUUGCAACUUAAAUAAAACAAAAGCAGUACAUGACUCUUUUCAAUUCGUCAAUUAAGACCGACUGAUUUACAUGUAACCAAUAAGAAUGCUUCUAGUAACUUACAUUUAACAAUCUUUCAAACUUGUCCAAAACACGUUUUUACGUAAACUUGGUCAAAAUAGGGCAUAAAAACCUUCGUACUGUCGAAAACAUUAUCAUUCGUCUUGGGAUCACUACAGUCGUUCAUACAAGCAAGGUAGGACUUGAGUCAAUGUUUCCAACAAUCUUUCGUAUCAAACUAAUAUACUCAGUUUAAUUAAACGAUAGCUUGGAGUUCUUUUCACGUGGUUUUAAUUUGAACUGUUUCUUUUCACGAAAUAUUUAAAUGUAAGGCUUACUGCUACUAGUUUUGUUUAGUUGCGCUUAAAUCUUAAACGAACGCUUCAACGAAAUGUCCAAAAGUUUUAAGCGUCCGUGUAAGUCCGAUAUAUAAUUGCAAGGACAUGGUAAUGUUUUCAAGUAAUGCUAAAAGCUGACCUGAAAUUGAUGAAUAAAACCUGAUGAAACUGAUAUUUUUUCUCCAAAACAAAUAGUAACUUCGCCACAGAUCAUCAAUUCGCGUUGCUUGUUAUCUGCAUUUUGAAUUUUUUUGUUUUGUUUUUUUUGUUAGCAAAUCAUUGAAACUGAUGCCUUUUUAAAGAUAUUCGGCCAUAAUUUUGAGCGUACUCCGGUUUUCACAGGUUUCCUCAUCAUGCAAACCUUUAUAAAGAUACCGCUGGCUACUGUGUUAUGUGGGCUGCUCUUACUGCUGAUUACCUUGUGUUCUGCAAAUGACAACAACAGCAGCAAACCACGUGACAAGGUGAGUUUGUUUAAUCAAACAUUGUAAUAUAUAGCUUUAAUAUAUGAGAAGUGAGUCAAGUCAGUCAACGGUACCUGAACUAUUAACCUGAAAGAACUUAGUGACGUAGAAUGAAUGAAAGGUGAUUUUUUAUUUAAGGAUGCUUGACUGAGGUUAAUUGAUUGACUUAAUCAAUUGAUCAUGAAUUUAUAACGGAAUGAAUUUUUACAUUUUUCAUUUAGAGUAUUCCUCAACAGACUUCACCUUAUGGUUCCUGUGGUCAUGGUGGGUGUUUCUGUGCACCAGGAAUUCCAGGCAUCCCAGGAAGCCCUGGACUCGCGGGACCAGCAGGUGUCGCGGGAUCACCCGGUAAUCAUGGACCUGAAGGACCCAUUGGCCCACGAGGGAAAAAAGGUGAUGAAGGAGCUCGUGGAAGACCGGGAGCACCAGGCGUCAAAGGAGUUAAAGGACCUGCAGGCCAGACAGGUCCACGUGGGGACAAAGGUGAAGCAGGUUCAGCUGGUUCCCCUGGAAACAAGGGCGAUACAGGUCCUCGUGGAAAGCAAGGUCCUUCUGGCCCCAAGGGACUUCAAGGACCCUCAGGUUCAGCUGGUUCCCCUGGAAACAAGGGUGAUACAGGUGCUCGUGGAAGUCAAGGUCCCACAGGUCCCAAGGGUGCUCCAGGAUCGUUUGGUCGUAAUUGGAAACAGUGCGUUUUUAAGAAUCUGGGCGAAAACAAGGACUCUGGAUUGAUCAAGGUAACAACUGCAUGAGUUUGUUGUUCUAGAUUAAAUAAAUAAAUCCGACGUAAAUUAAAAAUUACUGAUACUUAAAGGUCUAGCUUUGAGAUUCGAGCGAAGUGUAAAUCUUACUGGUUAUUACGUCAUUUGGAGAAAAAAAAUGCGUGUAUCUGAAAUUUUGCUAUUUAUUCAUGGAAUGAUACGGAAUUCAAGAAAAAAUUCGAAUGACAUUACUUAAGUUACGACAAGUUUAUAGGAUACACCUAUAUCUUUUGGUCUGAAUUUGAGUAAACCCGCCAUGGUAACUAUAACUUGUUCCCACGGUUUGCCCCUAUGACGUCGAUAGCAUCGCAGGCACGCUAUCCACAGUUGAGGGUAUAAAGAUGUUAAAGUCAAGUAGCAUAGCUAUAGCCAACUGAAAAGUCAGAGGAGUUAAAACAAUUCCUUUCCUCUUUUCAUUGUGAAAAUACGAGUGUGUUGAUUUCUUUGUGUUACAGUGAUUGAAAUCCACGGUUUUCAGGUCCGUUUUUCUGGACGAUCAUGUCAUUGUUUAUCUCUGAUGUUUCAUUUUGGUUCACUUCGUUUUGAUCUUUCCUCCUCUGUUGAUUUUUAAGGAGUGCAUUUUCAAGAAAGCAUCAGCCACCACUGGGUUGUGCGUCUUUUGGAGUGGCACUCUUCGUCUCGCUAACUGCCAUGGAUGCUGCAGACGAUGGUAUUUCACUUUCAAUGGUGCAGAGUGUUCAACACCGGCUCCCAUUGACGGAGUGGUAUACAUGAGAUAUGGAAGUAGUUGGAAAAAGGAUUUACACCGCGUACGUCACAUAGAAGGAGUCUGUGAGAAAAUCCACAAGGGUACUGUUCGCGUGGGAUUCUGGGUCGGCAAUUGUGCUGGUUACAAAUCUGCUGAUGCUCACACAGGCUGGAACUCAGUGUCCCGGUUGUACGUGGAAGAAGUACCUCCCCCACAGGCUUAA